AUGACUGAUAAUGUGGAUCUCAUAAAUAAAUGCAAAAAGGCUCACUCUAUUCAAAUUGAUGUUGACUACAUUGGUGGUUUGCUUCCAUCUUCAAAAGCAUUCUCAAUCAUUGAAGGGGAGGAAGUAGAAGGUGCUAAGCUCACAAUAGAAGCCCAACACAUUGUUAGGCUUCAGCAUCUCUUCCUCAUCCUCAUCGAAGAAGAGAGACGCGCUGUUGUUUCGCUGCCUCAGAGGUGCACCCGCCGCCGCCCCUGCGUCCAACCCGCAGCCACCGGCCGUCGCGAGCUUGCAUGGAGGCACCGGCGCUGCCGUCCAGCUCUCAACCCUCCGCUGUUCGCUGUUCGAGUUCUCCCUGCCUCUUCCCGAAGCCGCCACUCGCCCCUGCAAGCCCUCGCCGCUUCGUUCUCGGUUUCGAUUCCAAGGGAAGACCGCCACCAGGAGUGGUGGUGGAUUAGCCAUGAUUGGAGAGGCUCGACGGAACCCCCAAACUCCACGAUCUCUGCCGCGGAUGGUGGUUCUGAUGGCGUGAGCACGCACCCCUGUUACAGAAGCACCAUGGGCUUCUCCCUUCCACACCGCGAAAGCACCGCCGUCGGCGCUGCUCCUCGCAUCGUCAUCAGUGGUGGGUGUCCGCGGGUUCGGCGCCUCCCAAGGAAGAAACCGCCAAGCGUCGUCCCCUCCUGCAUCUCGAUCUGGCCGCAAAUCUCCUGGGUGCGUCAUCGACGAAUCAAACCAAGGUCGAUCCCCUGCAGUCCACACAAUACCUCUACCACCAGAUCUGCUGUGGUUGGAAUCCCUGGAAUUGAGUUUUCAAAUGCGUGAUCUGCUGGUUGACAUUCUACUUGAAUUGCAAGUUCUGUUAAUUCUUCAGAGCCGUAAUUGUUGAAUUGUUUGCUUCUGGAGAGGUUGAAUUAUUGUUGAUUGGUUGAAAAGCUGAGGUUGAUUUGGCUUGAAUCUGUAAAAUUAGAUGUUGCUGCUUCUGAAUUUUGGUUGAAAUUUCUGCUGUUAGUGCACAAUCGGUUUCCCCAUAGAUCCUCUUGGUCACGAUUGCACCAAUUUUGUUGCAAGUUUCCUGAAUUUCUGCAAGUAUCUUGGAUCGUUUUUCACAAUCUGAAUUCAAGCGAUCUAAGCUAGUUUGAAUCUGAUCCCAAAUUGCGUCAUCAUAGGAAUUUGGCAUGGUAUUCAAUGAAGGCACCAUUUGAUACGAAUUUGUAUCAAGAACUGGAGAGAAUUAGAGAUAAUCAGAGAGAAUAGAAGAGAAAUCCCUAGAAUUAGGGCCAAAGAGAGAAAGUAGAGUUUCCAAUUAUACCAUACAUAUCUCACAUUGUUACAUUAUACUCCUAUUUAUAGUAUAAUUCUCUAAUUGGACUAGUCCAAUCUACUUGUAUCGUA